GUAGAUUCUCACUACUGCACAGACCCCGCCAAGUUCAUUUCAGUACUGUGUACCUCCCUGGCCACCAUGCUGCACGUAGAGCUGCCCCACGUCAACCUCCUCUCCAAGAUGGACCUCAUUGAGCACUAUGGGAAGCUAGAUGUAACAAGACAAUAAAGACAGAACUUGGAUCAUCAACGAGGUGGCGUCAGCUGGUUCGAGGCGAUUCGAGUAUGAUAGAGGUGGUUUGCAACGACCGUCUGGGGAAGAAGGCCCGAGUGAAGUGCAACACCGAUGACACCAUCGGGGACCUGAAGAAGCUGAUCCCCGCCCAGACGGGGACCCGUGGGAAUAAGAUUGUGCUGAAGAAGUGGUACACGAUCUUUAAGGACCACGUUUCUCUGAGCGACUAUGAAAUCCAUGAUGGGAUGAACCUGGAACUUUAUUACCAAUAAAGCAGAACUCCUUCCUCGUGCCCAGUUCCCCCCGCCCCUCUCCUCCCACUCUCAGCCCCAGCACUGGUAUGGAUGCUUGUUUUUAAAAAGUCAUGUUAAUAAAAACGUAGAACAGGAAAAAAAAAAAAGAAAGACAGAACUUGGCUGGAGAUCCUGGAGAGAGAACCUCGCUAUGAUGAUCAACUGAACGCUGCCUCGGUGUCCGUCCUUCUUCGCCGACUCCGUCCACACCUAUGGGAACCCCUGGACCUGCUGGGGAUGGACCCCAACAGCAAUGGUGGUGGGAAUGGAGAAAAUGAGAUUCAAAACUUGCUCAAGAAAUAGGAUUUGGCCCUAACUGGUUUGGCUCAAUGAACAGAGCAUCAGCCUGCGGACUGAAGGGUCCCAGGUUCGAUUCCGGUCAAGGGCAUGUACCUUGGUUGCGGGCGCAUACCCAGUGGGGAGUGUGCAGGAGGCAGCUGAUCGAGGUUUCUAGCUCUCUAUUCCUCUCCCUUCCUCUCUGUAAGAAAUCAAUAAAACGUAUUAAAAAAAAAAAAAAAGAAA